AUGGCGGCGGCCUGCGCCGAGAUGGAGCCGGCGGCGGCGCCUCCUCCUUCUCCUCCUCCUCCCGCCGCCGCACCGGGCUCGGCCGAGCUGGUGUGCGCGCAGGGACGGAACCUUAAGGCGGUGCUGUGCCAGCGCUGCGGGUCCCGGGUGCUGCUGCCCGGCGCCGCCACCUUCGCCCGCCGUGAGCUCCUCCUGCCCGCCAUGAGGAAGAAGGCGGCGGCAGCAGCGGGCGGCGGCGGCGGGGACCUGGUGCGGGAGCACUGGCUGGUGCGCGACAUGUUCUCCUUUGAGAACGUGGGCUUCACCCGCGACGUGGGCAACGUCAAGUUCCUGGUGUGCGCCGACUGCGAGGCGGGGCCCAUCGGCUGGCACUGCCUCGACGACAAGGACAGCUUCUACGUGGCGCUGGAGCGCGUGGCUCACGAGUGACACUGGCGCUGUCGCCUGGGUGGGGGACGGGGGUGAUGGUCCCGGGCACCCGCCUGAGGAGCUGGGCUCGGCCACCGGGACCCCCGCCUGCCCUGCGGCCUGGCCACCCUGCUGCCUGACAGUGACAGACUGAGCCAAGGCCCAGCGGACUGAUCACGGCUUGGCCACCCCACAGCCUUCCCGGCCUGGCUGCCCCACACCUGACUGACCACAGCCUGGCUGCCCCACACCUGACUGACCACAGCCUGGCUGCCCCACGGCUUGACUGACCUACAGCCCAGCUGGUCGCCCCACAGCCCAGCUCCACGGAAUGACCAGCACCAAGAAGCGCAGCACCGGCACAGCCAGCUCCUCACCCGAGCCCUCACAGGAAGGACGUCGUUGGUGAGAGCGUCCCCUGUGAUCUGCAGGGACAGCUCACCGUGACAAUUUUGCCAAAUAGCUUGAUCCGCCUCUGUUGCUAGAAGCGGCCCCAGGCCUUCCUGGCUGCUCUCUGUCACUUCUUCCAUGUGUGGCUGCUGUUUUUCAAACACGCUAAGAUGUCUUUCAGGCUGAUCUGUUUGUGACAGAGCCACGUAAAUGUGGGUGCUGGCACAAGGGUGAGGGAGGAGAGGACUGCUGCAUUGAAUCAUCGUGGCAGCUUAAAUUGUCUGAACUACAGCCAAAGCAGUUACAGGGUUUAAGGCUGUAUCUUCUGUUGAUUUUCAGAAGAAAAGUUCCCUGCCCCAAACUGUAACAUUUAGGUUCUCUAAAACCUCAUCCUACUUGACAACUGUAACCUGUACAAGUAUAUGGCACCUAAAGUGUGUGUAAGGCAUUUUAACUAACGCUAUAUGCAGUUUUAUUACCGAGUACUUGGAAAUAAAAUAAGAUGCAGGUAGAGUUUGCAGACAGCAUAGGCUGAUCGAAUGGCAAAUAAAGAAAAUGUGCAAGGUCAUAGUAUUUCCAGGCAGCAAGAAUGAAGAUAUUCCAACCUGAAAAGGAUUUGAAUCAUUGGAAAAGCAGUGUCCAGUGACUGCAUGUCUCAGUGCUGAAGAAUGUCAAAACAGCCGUGUGUGUUAAACAGAGAAACCAGGAAAGAAUUUCUCUUCUGUAAAAGCAGCCUGUAGGAGCAAUGCUGGGAUACUGUGUCCAGUUUUGGUCUCUGCCUUUUAAAAGAUGGGCACAAAGCUGACUGAAAAUUGGAGGCUGCAGCAGCCAUGCUUCUCACUGUAUUUAUCUUUUGGUAAUUGUGGUCCAGUUUGCAUUCUCCAUUUGCAAACCCCGUAUGAAUAAUACAGCAGCUUUACAGUGAUCAUCUUGGGUCACAGAGGACAUGCCUUACUGCAGGAGGGGUAUCAGUAUGCUAUGCUAAUAAACACUUUGGGUACCAAUGCAGCUGUAAAGGCACAACUGUCAUUCCGCUGGGAUGAUGAAGUUGUAUUUGCCACCAAAAUCAAGAUCGGUUGUACUUAAAGAUUAGCAAUGUUGCUGCCACAAGGCUGUGGGAGAGACCUUUUCCUCGCUCCUCUACUAAAACAGUUUUGCUGGCAGGAGUCUGUAAGGCAGGCACAGCCACAGAUAGAUUUUCCAGAGAGGCAUCCUGACAGCGGUGAGGGAGAAACAUGCCCUUUCUUCUUCCAGUGCUUGAGCACCUGCACUUCUAAGAUUUGGAGGCUCUGCCUUAAUGUAGAACAACCAAGAUGUUGGCUGUUCAGGGGCUGCUCUAUCAGAAACCUCUGCUGUGGGCAGGCAAGAUUUAUUAAUGGGAGGGAGAGAGGCAAAACUCUGUAGACUGGUGAUUAAGGCUUUCCCUUGGGUAGGAGGUGAGUCUUGUGCUAUGUCCUUGCUAAAUGUGUCAAAUGCGCAUUUGACGUGAAAAUUGUAUUUCUUUUUUUCCUGCCCUUGUCUUUUAGCCCUAAGCCCAGUAACUGAACAGGUCCAUCAAGGAAGUGUACCUAGAAGGUCAGGAGAGCUUCAUCUGGGUUCUGCACAGGCACAGUGAAAUAGCGCGAUCAUGUCACUUUAAUUUCACACUUUCACUUAGAUUGUUGUCUAUUAAGCAAUGUGUUUUGACCUGUAAUACCUACAUUGUAGUCCAUGUAACUAAUAUAUAAAAUGUGCUGCACAAUAGUUUCAUUUUGAAGACACCACUGUGCAGAACAGGCUUGUGGAUAUCAGCUCAAUUAACGCCGAGUAAAUGACGCUUCUCAAAAAAUUGUACAUGUGGAUUCCUGAUAGUGGGGAGUAGUUGGUCGGUAGCACUGGGAUGGAGCUGAGGUGGUGGCAGCAGCUUUUCCCAGUCAGUAGAAUGCUUCCUGGAGAGAUGGGAGACCUCAGGUCAAAGGCUGCCUUCACCUCAGCACUGCAGCAAUUUGAAUCCACUUCAGUGUGGCAUAGCUCAGUAAUGGUGAGCAAUGAAAGCGCCUCCUGCCCAUCAGUGUGAGAGAUGUGCUGAAUGGACACAUCCUUCACAGGAUCCAGGUUUAGUUCCUGCUGGCUCUUAAAUAUGAAGCAGGAUCACACAGAUUGUGGAAAUGCUAAGAGGAAAUGUACAGUCUGUUAGGAAUUCACAAGAGGAAGCUUUUGUACUGUGAGAUCUUGGGAUCUUUCAAGCUCAGGUAAGAUCAUGGCUUCCUGCAGCUUGGAGAAGCCAUGAGACACCCUUGAAAUCCAAGUAGCACAGGCAGGGACGUGGUGCCGGUGAAGGGGCAGCCAUGCAGUAGGGCUCUGCAAUUUGACUGCUGGUGCUCAGGAGUCCAUCACCUGGGCUAGUUCAUAUCCCGAGAGCUGAAGAGAGAAUUAUGAGGGGGAAAAAAAAAUGGUGAAGAGGGAAAAGGCAGCAUCAUUUUGUGGAAUUUGAGCCUGGCAGUUCCGCUGUGAUGUUAACUGAAAUUUAGAGGAAGAGUGUCUGCAGUCAGCAGACCUUGCCUCAGGGGAAAGGUCUGCUGUGUUUAUGCAACAGACAGCAACAUCAGAUUUGGGAGCAUCUAAUGAAGCGCUGAACAGUUUUUUGUGUUGAUGAGAGCUAAUAAAAAUUUGGAUAGUCU